AUGCUUCCACCAGCUCUCAACAUCCCCAAAUGGCUUGAAGCCAACUCCCAUCUUCUUCAACCACCGGUAAAUAACUAUUGUGUGUAUCAUCCGUCCUCUUCCGCCACAGCCGGCUACACCGUGAUGAUCGUGGGAGGACCCAAUGCGCGAACCGACUAUCAUAUCAACUCCACCCCGGAGUUCUUCUACCAGUAUCGAGGGUCGAUGCUGCUCAAGACAGUCGACACAUCCGUGUCGCCCGUCGUCUUCCAGGACAUUCCCGUCCAUGAAGGCUCCCUCUUCCUCUUGCCCGCUAAUACGCCCCACUGUCCCGUGCGAUUCCACGAUACCGUGGGAGUUGUGAUGGAGGUCCCGCGAGAGGAGGACGCAGUCGAUAUCAUGCGCUGGUACUGUAAGAGUUGCGGACAGAUCGUCUGGGAGAAGCGUUUCGUGUGCACGGACUUGGGUACCCAGGUGAAAGAGGUGGUCGAAGAAUUCGCUGCUGAUGAGCAGAAACGGACUUGCAAGGCUUGCGGCACUGUUGCAGAGAGUAAAUUCAAAGAGGAAGAGAUCGUACAGCCGCCACGGUUUGCAGAGUAG